UCCACCGCCACCGGGAGAGAAGAAACCAAGAAACUCGCGCCGUGCUUCCAUCCAGCGACCAGCGUAGCAAGAAAACCGACAUCCUCGAUCGCGCCCGCGCUCUCGGCAACGACGUUCGAUCCCUCGGCUCCACCACCUCCAGCUUCUCCGCGCCGCGCACGACCCGCUCGCCCGUUCUUGGGAGGAAUCCAAGUUCCCGCUGCGCGCGCCCUGCUUUUGCUCGGCCCGGGAAGCGAUGAGGAGGAAGGGGGCGCCGAUCGGCAGCCGGUACGGCCGCGUGUGCGAGGAGUUGCUGGACAUGGGCGCCCGGAUCGCGGCGCGCUCCUACUCGCACUGCCCCCAGACGGGGCGCAUGUACUACAAGCCCCCCUCGGCUCCGGCCUCCGCCAGCAGCAGCGGGAACGACGGGGCCUCCGCCGGAGGGGCCGACGCGUCGUCCGUGGCGGCGACCAGCUGGAAGCAACAGGCGGCGCCCGAGGUGGAGUUCCACGCCUCAGAGUUCAUCUUGUACGGCGACGGCGGCGGUGGCGGUGGCAAGAAAGAAGCGACACUCUGUUCGAGAUGAAGAGCAGGUUUUGUCGUCCGCAUGAUCCGAGUAGUGGUUCUUUGAUUCCUUAAUUCGGCGAUACGUGAAGUUUUUCCUAACUCGCUCGAUUCUGUGGCGAUGGAGUUGAGUAUUGAGGUUGAAGAGAACUGAUGUUCUUGCUAUUGAUUUUUUUUUUGAAUCAAAUGUUCUUGAUUAAUUCAAUUGAAAGAGCUAUUCUGAGAGGGCAA